AUGGCCACCGCACGAGCUCUCAACACACCCGAGCUGCUGGAAGACAUACUGCUCCACCUGCCCCUUCGCGACCUCCUCCUUUCGCAGCGGGUGAGCCGCACCUUUCACGAUGUCGCAGCCGGCUCAGCGCGCAUACAGAAGGCGCUCUUCCUUCAACCAGCCUCGGGCGAGACUGUGUACUGGGACCCGACAUCGCCUCUCGUGAGCGAUGGCUGUUUCAGGCUAGAGUCGACAGACGCGGAGACCGUUGUGAUCGCAAAUCCAUUCCUUGCGCAGUUCGUACGUCCAAGGGGGCUGAAGAGAUGGAUGAGACUCCUUACGCGGAGUUUCAUGAGAGGAGCCAAUAAGAAAACCACUCACGUCAGUGAGCUCGAUUGCUGUUGCAGUUCUCAGCUCGACGCUAUGGUAGAAGCAUCGCUUCGGCUGCCACACUUCAAAUGCAACCAUUCACCCAGCUGGCAACGUAUGAUCCUGGCAGACGUCUAUUUUGAAGAGGCAGUCUACCAUCGAGCUCCGAAUCAACUCCACGGAAGUUUUGAGCUCCUCGAGCCAAACGAACUCGUACUGGGCGCCCUACAGUUCUGCCUGGAACUGGAUGGCCGCGCGUGCACCGAGUGGUUACCGAUUGAUAUACUCGUGCCUGGCAGGAUUGCACGGCCACCUGAAGGCAUCGACGAUACGACGGGCUGGACGAUGCUGCGGCUGCUGGAGUCGGGCGGAGGAAAGAUGUCUGUGUUUCAAGAUAUCGAAGACCGGAUGGACAAGCGCGAGCACCGCAAAUUCAAGAAGCGCGCGCAGCCGCUCCUAGCAGUCUACCUGUUCCUGAUGUGUGUGAUGCUCGCCGCUAGGGCAAUCUGGCCGCAUUGGCUGUGCUUACCGAUCGCGGCCUUCUGGGAGUUGUCCAAGGAGGAUUGGGUGAUCAAGGGGCAGCGUCGACAAUGGCGCCUGUUACUCGAGCAUUUGUGCCUGGGCAUGAUCGCUGCAAUUGUGAGCCUUGUGGCGAGCGAAUUGGAAGUUGUGUCAGUUCCAGCAUGA